GCCAGCGGGCGCAGGCGGGACGAGCGCCCCGCGGCCGGACCCAGCCAGGGCACCACGCUGCCCGGCCCUGAGCCGGCAGGCAUCUCUUGCUGGGGAUACUGGGGACGCCAGAAGAAAGUCAGUCCUUGCCGUUUUUCAUAGAACCGCGUUGGAACUUCGAUUUUGAUUUGUGUGUGGGGGAGGAUUUUGUUGUUGUUUUUGCCUUUUCCUACUUUUGAAUGAACUGGUUUCUUGGCUGGAUGGUUCCAUUUCUUUCCUGGGUGUGAACUUUUCUCCGGUUGUGUCCUUUGACAACAGCGGGAGAGAGUGCGCCGGGCUUCGUGGCGAGUGGUGAAGUGGCGCGUGUGCGUGGCAGAGUGUGCGUGCUUGUGUAACUCGAGCCGCCCCGUCUGUUGCGAUCUGCGCUGCGGAGCCUUUCUCGCCAGGGCCCGCUCCACCUGCUGCGGUUCCGCGGUGAGUGUGGGUAAAUUGGCGCGUCCGGGCAGUUCACCCGGCCGGCGCUGGGGCGACGUUGGAGGAAGCUCGUCUCGCUACUGCCCAAGUCGGGGCUGACUCACCGGAGUCGAUGUAGACGGCGGCUGGCUCCCGAGGAGUGCGUGCCUGCGUGCGUCUGACUCCGCUGCAGCUCACCUCCCACCAAACCACAGGAUCAGCCACAAACUUAACCAACAUCCCCAAACCCGAGUUCUCAGAUGUGGAGAGCUGAACCCUGAAUAUCAUCGACUUGGAUUUUUUUUUUUUUAAGAUCAGCUUUUUCUUUGAUAAAGCUUGAAUUUUCUGAACUGAGCAUUUUGCCAGAAUUUAUUGAAAACAUGACAAGUCCUUCUAGCCCAGCCCUUCAACUACUGAAGCUGAUUCUCAAGGCUACUUAGAGAAGAAAAAAAAAAAAAAAAAAAACGUGCAGCGAACAUUAAUGGGUUUCUGUUGUGUUUAAAUUCUCUACAGAUUGUACUGUAAAUAUUUUAUGAAGUAGAGCAUAUGUGUAUGUUUAUAUAUAUGUGCACAUACAUUAGAAGCAGGACCUUUUGGAAGUCUCAGCUCUCGCUUUUGAGGACCGAAGCCAGUUUUGCAUGAAUAAAAAGUGGCGCCGUAUUUGAAGACACUCGUAUAUUUUCUGUUGUGUUUGGACUUUAGACAAAACUCACCUGGGGGGGAAAAAAAAAAGAAGAAGAACUGACAGGCAAUUAACUACUGGAACGUCCAAAUCCUAUAUUUGCUGGUCCUUCUGCUCUCCGCAUAAAUAGUUUAAGAAGUGUAUGGGAAUUUUUGCCUCCGGGUACUUCUGUAACAGCCAAAGACUGAAACUUCAAAUUCUCAAAGCAAAACUCAGAAGAUAGGGUCCCUUGGCCCUUGACUUUGGACUCUGGUCGCCCACUUUUCAAAGCACUAAGCGGUCGGUGCCCGGGUCUGAGCUGAGGCCGAUUGGCAGAACUAGAACUUUUUCCGCCUUCCUGGACUGUUCGUAACUUAGUCUCCCCCUCUCCCCCAGCCACCUUGCAGCAAUAAAGGUCCCUGAACUUGUAUGUUGGUCUCCCGGGAGCUGCUUGCUGAAGAUCCGCGCCCCUGUCGCCGUUUGGUAGGAGCUGUUUGCAGGGUCCUAACUCAAUCGGCUUGUUGUGAUGCGUAUCCCUGUAGAUGCCAGCACGAGCCGCCGCUUCACGCCGCCUUCCACCGCGCUGAGCCCGGGCAAGAUGAGCGAGGCGCUGCCGCUGGGCGCCCCGGACGCCGGCGCCGCCCUAGCCGGCAAGCUGAGGAGCGGCGACCGCAGCAUGGUGGAGGUGCUGGCCGACCACCCGGGCGAGCUGGUGCGCACCGACAGCCCCAACUUCCUCUGCUCCGUGCUGCCCACGCACUGGCGCUGCAACAAGACCCUGCCCAUCGCUUUCAAGGUGGUGGCUCUGGGGGACGUUCCGGAUGGCACUCUGGUGACCGUGAUGGCAGGCAAUGAUGAAAACUACUCAGCUGAACUGAGAAAUGCAACCGCGGCCAUGAAAAACCAAGUUGCGAGAUUCAAUGACCUCAGGUUUGUCGGUCGGAGUGGAAGAGGGAAAAGCUUCACUCUGACCAUCACUGUCUUCACAAACCCACCGCAAGUCGCCACCUACCACAGAGCCAUCAAAAUCACAGUGGAUGGACCCCGAGAACCUCGAAAUACGAGGCAGAUCCAGCCGUCCCCACCGUGGUCCUACGAUCAGUCCUACCAGUACCUAGGAUCCAUCGCCUCUCCCUCUGUCCACCCAGCCACACCCAUCUCGCCUGGGCGGGCCAGCGGCAUGACAACCCUCUCAGCCGAGCUUUCCAGUCGACUUUCAACUGCGCCCGACCUGACGGCCUUCGGCGACCCGCGCCAGUUCCCUGCGCUGCCCUCCAUCUCCGACCCCCGCAUGCACUACCCUGGAGCUUUCACCUACUCCCCAACUCCUGUCACGUCGGGCAUCGGCAUCGGCAUGUCGGCCAUGAGCUCGGCCACGCGCUACCACACGUACCUGCCGCCGCCCUACCCCGGCUCGUCGCAGGCACAGGGCGGCCCGUUCCAGGCCAGCUCACCGUCCUACCACCUGUACUACGGCGCGUCGGCCGGCUCCUACCAGUUCUCCAUGGUGGGCGGCGAGCGCUCGCCGCCACGCAUCCUGCCGCCCUGCACCAACGCGUCCACCGGCUCGGCGCUGCUCAAUCCCAGCCUCCCGAACCAGAGCGACGUAGUGGAGGCUGAGGGCAGCCACAGCAACUCCCCCACCAACAUGGCGCCCGCCGCGCGCCUCGAGGAGGCCGUGUGGCGGCCCUACUGAGUGAGGCUGCGCACGCGCGCUCCGUGCAGCCGGACGUCGUCCCGGAGGCGCCCGUCGGGUGCCCAGCGUCGCGUGGUGGAGAAGCCCGCGCCGGCCCCGCGGGGGAUGCUCGCCACCUGCCAACUGCCUGCGGUCGCCAUCUCUCGCUUCUGAAGUCCGCGCAGUUCGCCGCCGCUGUGGGCCCGUCUCAGAUUUUUUUCUUCUAACCUGACGCAACUUGAGCGUGUCCGGUUCACCGCCCUGUGGGCACUUCGUUAAGGCAAACAGGAAGAUUCCCGGAGGGAAACUGUGAAUGCUUCUGAUUUAGCAAUGCUGUGAAUAAAAGAAAGAUUUUAUAACUUUGACUUCACUUUUUAACCAAGUCGU